AUUUUCGAGUAUAUAAAUACCUCUUGUCGUGUAUAUUUAAGUAUAUAAAUACCCUUUUCCGUGUACAUUUAAGUAUACAAGUACCUCUUUACAUAAAUAGAAAUAUGUUUUAGUAUACAAGUGCCCCUUUUCCUUAUGCACAAAGUCAUCCUGGCCUUCUGUGGAAGUUAUAGAUUUAGACGUUUAUUCUAGCCUAGUUACAGUAUAGAUCCAUAGCCUUGGCGGUGCCUCUGUGGCUUUCCAGUUGAACCGUAGUGGUGUACAUAAUCAAGGGCCGCCCAUAAACUUGAGAUACCUGGACUCUGCUCAUUAUCGGACUGUUCAGUCUCUACCAAGCUCUUCUUCAGUUGUAUUUAGUAAAACAAAGACAUUAGCUGGUGUAGUAGUUAUACCACGGCGUACCAUGUCAGGCUACUCUGGUAGGAUGCAGGUACUUCCAGACCUGGAACGCUUGUCCGACGCGUGCGUGCUGCGCAUAGUUAAGUAUGCUCACUGGGAGGUUGCCUUGAUCAUCAUGAAGAGAGAGCGCAUGAGCUUGUUGAGGGCCGACAUUGUUCUUAUCAAGCAUAUGAUCAGCAGUUACUUCACAGACAUACUGUUUGUAGUCAAAGUGGACGUGCACACCGAGAAGGCGUUUCGGCUAUUUAUAGACGGAGUUCUUGAGGAGAACAACAUGAAAGAAGCAUGCCGUCAACAGCUGGCCACAUGCCCCCUACCGCUACCCAUCCUCGUUGUCAACCAUGCCAUCCACACGAGAGAGGUGUGGAUUCUAAGAAUAGCUGCGCUCAUGUGCUCUGCUGCCGAUGUGAGUGAGGCGUUGGGUACAGCGUUUACCUACAUGGAUGGCCCAUGCGCUAGGACGCUACUGGAGAACUGCCACGUGGCUACACUUACCAUCAAUACGCUGUGGAUGGCAUUGGCGAAGGAGUACAGAUGGAAUACUGUGCACCGACUGCUCACGCUGGGAUACAAUCUGAG